GGAGCCUUAAAAAGCGUUGCUGUGGCUUCCGUACCGCCGUCCUGAGAAGUCAGCCUGCUUCUCUAGAAAGUGUGUUCAGAAGCGUGUAAGGGGCAGAAAAAGAGAGAGAGGAAGCCAUGCAGAAGAUCUUGAUCAAAGGAGGGAGGGUGGUGAACGACGACUGCUCCCAAGUGGCCGAUGUGUACGUGGAAGAUGGGAUAGUGCGGGCGGUGGGGCCGAAUCUCCAGCCUACAUCCCCCACUGGUCUCCAGGUGGUAGAUGCCUCCGACAAGCUGGUUCUGCCUGGAGGGAUUGAUACGCACACGCACAUGCAGUUCCCCUUCAUGGGAACCCAGUCUAAAGACGACUUCUACCAAGGAACGAAGGCUGCCGUAGCAGGAGGCACCACAAUGAUAAUCGACUUCGCAAUACCUCUGAAAGGUUAUUCCCUCAUUGAAGCCUAUGAGAGAUGGAGAAGCUGGGCGGAUCCCAAAGUCUGCUGUGACUAUGCACUGCAUGUUGCAGUCACAUGGUGGAGUGACAAGGUCAAAGAAGAAAUGAAAAUUCUUGCCCACGAGAAAGGUGUCAAUUCGUUUAAGAUGUUUAUGGCGUAUAAAGGUCUGUAUAUGGUUGGAGAUCAAGAGCUGCACUCUGCCUUUUCUCAAUGCAAGCAAAUUGGCGCAGUUGCUCAAGUCCAUGCAGAGAAUGGAGAUUUGAUUGCAGAGGGUGCAAAGAAGAUGCUAGCCCUGGGAAUAACUGGCCCAGAGGGGCACCAGUUGUGUCGCCCAGAAGAAGUGGAAGCAGAAGCCACGAUGAGGGCAAUCACUAUAGCAAAUUCGGUGAACUGCCCUCUUUAUGUAGUUCAUGUUAUGAGCAAGUCUUCAGCCAAGGUGAUAGCGGAUGCACGGAGACAGGGGAAAGUUGUAUAUGGGGAGCCUAUUGCUGCUAGUCUUGGUACGGAUGGCACUCACUACUGGCACAAGGAAUGGCCGCAUGCAGCAGCACAUGUCAUGGGUCCCCCACUGAGGCCAGAUCCUUCAACUCCAGAUUUCCUCAUGAACCUUCUAGCAAAUGGUGACCUAAGCGUAACAGGGACGGAUAACUGCACCUUUGACAUCUGCCAGAAGGCUUUGGGGAAGGAUAACUUCACAAAGAUCCCAAAUGGCGUGAACGGGGUCGAGGACAGGAUGUCGGUUAUAUGGGAAAAAGGAGUGCACAGUGGCAAAAUGGAUGAAAAUAGAUAUGUGGCUGUUACCAGUACAAAUGCAGCUAAAAUCUUCAACCUGUACCCACGGAAGGGGAGAAUAGCUGUGGGCUCUGAUGCUGAUAUUGUUGUUUUGGAUCCCAAAGCAACAAGGACUAUCUCGGCAAAGACGCAUCAUCAAGCCAAUGACUUUAAUAUAUUUGAAGGCAUGGUCUGCCACGGGGUACCAGUCGUGACCAUUUCACGUGGCAAAGUCGUUUAUCAAGGUGGAGUCUUCCAUGUUGCAGCAGGAGAAGGAAAAUAUAUUCCCCGUGAACCAUUCCCUGAAUAUGUGUACAAACGGAUCAGGCAGCGGGACCAGGUCUGCCAGCCUGUACCCGUCAAAAGAGCACCAUAUAUGGGCAAAGUGGUUUCACUCAUGAAAUGAAAAUAAAUUCCAUGAUGGAGUUCAUCUUCUUGUAGAUCAAAACCAGAUGAAAAAGGAUUAUUUUUACUCUGCCUAUGCAAUUCCUUUUGGAGUCAUAUCAGCCUGUAAUGUUGGUAUCAAGCCUCGAAUAAUCCCGAAAGAUUACCAGUCUGUCAAAACAGCUACUAAUUAAUGUGAAAGUGACUUUUCUCUCUGCUGUUUUACCAUUGCUGCCAUUGGAGUGAGAACCUAUUUUGGAAACCUACAGGAAGACACUUUUUCAUUGAGAAUGAUCCAGGUGCAGACAGCAUGUGAACAUUUUCAGAGGUCCAUUGUGAUUUAUAUGAGGACAUAAGGAAGUUGCCACAUCCAGAUCUAUAUGAAGUGUUAAUAUACAGUAAUCCUAAUGAUUGAAGUGGCAAAACUGAAAUGAGUUAUUGAAUCAGCAUCCUCACAGGGAAUGAUGAGGAAUGUGUGAUUUAGAUGUCUGACAUCACCAUAAGUGGCACAGCGGGGAAAUCUUUGACUAACAAGCAGAAGGUUGCCGGUUCGAAUCCCGGCUGGUACUAUAUUGGGCAGCAGUGAUAUAGGAAGAUGCUGAAAGGCAUCAUCUCAUAAUGCGUGGGAAGAGGCAAUGAUAAACCACUCCUAUAUUCUACAAAAAAACCCCACAGGUCUCUGUGGGUGCCAGGAGUUGAAAUCAACUUGACAGCACACUUUACCUAUAUCCAGCAUUUAAUUUGACAUGCAGGUUUACCACUGCUAUUGCUCUGCAACAUGCUCUUCUGGUUUAUUGGGCUUCUUCUCCCUCUUUCUCUUGUAGUUAGUUGGAGCUAAGAUCAUUAGGACUGUGCCAUAAGAGAUCAUCCAGUGUGGAUCUGAAAUCCAACACUUGCCACCCCCUCAAAGAACUUGAACAAACAAGGCCCACUCUGAUUGUCAUUUAAGAUGAACAAUACUGCCUGGAUGGAUCACUUGGUCUAAGCCAAGGCUGCUAGUAUCACCAGCCCCAUUAAGUAGAGAUGGCCAGAAAUGAACCUGGGAUCUCAUACAGGUCACACAUGUGCUCUAAGCUGUAACUUGCUCUGUUGCAUUCUCUCUCAACCCCACACCUGGAAAAACACCCACACAGAGUAUUCCUGAUCUGAAUGCUGUACCUUUCUAUUUGCAAAACACUACCCACCAAUACCACUAGCCAUGAAAAUGAAGAGUUCAGUCAUGGGCCAAUGUUGAGUAAAUUCUUUGCGGGGGGAAGAGUCAUUCACAGUCUUAGAAUUUUCAUAGCCAAAAAGGGAAACAUAGACAACACUUCAGCAUUCUCUGCAUUUCAUACAGAUAAUCUUUAGGAGUGUCAGUGGCCUGGAUCCUGCCAGUUUUGAUUGCCAUCCUGAGACAACUGGGUCAGUCCUUCAUUAAUUUUUCAAACUGCAGCUGAUCUGAUUUGGGGAUUUUUCCACAGCACACUGAACAUCUUUUUUUCACUGCCUUAAAAAAAAGAAAAAGGAAGUUCUGCAUUUCAGAAUGUGGGUGGAAUGGGUGAGUCAAAGGGGCAAGUCAGAGAUUUGUAUGCACAGUGUCACUGAUGCACACAAGAACUGAGGAGCAGGAGGGAAUGAGGCCACAACACCACUAGAAGCAACAUUAGAAAAGAAAUCUGGUAACCCUAAUUGGCUCUGAAGAACUAAAACCCUUCAUUUCAAACUUGCAUUGUUCAUGGUGAGCUGAAAGCUAAAGCUCUUUCAUCUAUGAAAAAUAAAACAUGAAAUGUAAGGUGGCUGGAGGGAUGGAUGACACUUGGGUGAUGAUAGAUAUAUAUCACGAAAGAAAAUAUCCACCCACAUUAAAAAAACAGUGGCAAAGAUAAGAAAAAGGCAGCAGAAAGGAGGGAGGAAGAAUGUAAAGAACUCUGAGUUCUUACAAAAAGCAUAAGAAAGCAGAUUAAAAUAAUACUGAAAGAAAUACGUGAAUUAGAGAGAGGUAUUACUCAGAUGGCAUGUCAGGACAACAAUGCAAAUUAAGCACGGGAUUUGUACAUUUUGGUGACUUCAGAACUGGAUGAUGAAGUGAGAUUCAGAGUUGAAAAGUAAACCAAUGUCAGGGAAAUCAAAUGCACCAGACUGUUUGUUCACUCAAAGAAUCAUAAAUGUCUUUAAAGAUUUUCUUUACGGUGUUAAA